UUAUGCUUUGUCUUCCCCUUAGCCGCCUCAACUGUUCUUAUCAUAAAGAAAUUAGGCUUCACAGUUGCAAUUAUCCUUUAAUUUCUUAUGCUAAUCCUGCAGGAAAUUUCCACCAACCUCUCCGAACGGUAAGAAUUAGGCUUGCAGUUGCGAUUUUGUAGAUCUGCUGCGUCGUCUAGUUACUUUGGCCUAAUUUGGUUAUCCGUGUCCAACGUUCUUCAAUUCCUUCUGCUAAACCUGCUGUAGGAACUUCAUCAAUGGAGGCAAUCAUUGAAAUGGAAAAGUAUGUGCGGAAUUCAGUAUUCAGUUAUGUAGACUGCCAUAGAAAACUUGAAGAAGAUAUGAGUGAUUUGAGAAGCGAGUUUCAGGUUCUAAAGAGGCGAAAAAUUGAUGUCAAUUCAAGAAUACAAGCAGAGGUUCAUUGGGGUCAAUUUGUGAAGGAAGAAGUGCAGGGCUGGCUUCAAGAUGCUCAAAAGAUCAACGAUGACAUGCAAGUUGUUGAAGAAAUGGUGUGCAGAGUUUCAUACUUCGCACGUGCCUGUCUUGGUAAACUUGUUCGUGAAAAAAUUGAAGUGGUUAAGAGAAUGCAAGAGAGGGGCAGCUUCUUUGAAGGCCUUUCAGUUGAUAGAGCUCCGGUUUCUGGAAUCAUAUUUCCAACGGAGAAUCUAGAGGAUGAAAUUUCUACUAAAGAAAAAAUUUGGGAGCACUUGAUGGGUGAUGAUGUUGGAAUGAUUGGAGUUUAUGGGAUUGGUGGAGUUGGGAAGACUACCAUCAUGAAGCAUGUAAACAAUGAUUUAUUGAAGGAGACCAAGUUUCAUAAAGUUGCUUGGGUUACAGUAUCACAAGCUAGGCAAUAUCUUAUCAUUCUUCUAGACAGUUUGAGAGGAAUGAAGUGUCUUGUUCUUUCUAACCGUCCUAAAUCGUUGGAUUAGACAAUAGAUCUAAUUCUUGUUCAACUACAAUUUCUGUGGUUUAUGGGAAAUCCAGAGCAGUUAUUGUUUGCCUCUGGAUUUAGCAAAGAUGCAGUUUUAAACUACUUUUAUAUAUAAUCUUGUUUAUGCGCUUGGACAUAACUUAGUAA